UAGAGCUCAGAGCACCUCAGCGGCUAAAGCCCGCUAAAUAUCCGAAUGGGUACCCGGGAAGUUCCACUAAAGAAGCUCUAAAGGCACCUCCCGGCUCCCUAAACGGACCCUGAAGUCCCUGAAGUCCCUGCCGACACGCUGUCUACAGCGGAUGUUACAGGGGUGAUAGCGACCCAAUCUAUCGGAUAUGGCCCUAUUCCAAUUUCAUCCCGUCGCAACUAUUACUAAUUAUCACCAUCUCUGCUUAAUCGUCUCUGGCGACAUGCCUCACAGCAGGCUUCUUUCAACACCAAACACACCAAAAUGACGACCUCACCACGAUCUUCCCAACCAUUACAUCUCAAACCACCCAUCCCACCUCCACCCUCCCAACCACCACUCCUCCUAACAAUCCGCUUCAGCGCCUCAAUCCCCGACCUCGAACUCGACAUCCCACGCCCCUCCUCCACAACCGUCAUAUCUCUCAAACACCUAAUCCGCGCGCGCCUCUCCGAGCCCAACUCCCAACGACGGUUACGCUUCAUCCACGGCGGUAAAAUCCUCCCCGACAGCGCAGUCCUAAGCUCCGUUCUCCGCGCACCCCCUCCACCACCACCGUCCUCCCCCUUAACCCCAAGCUACGGGCACUCGUACAACGACAGCAAAGGCAACGAUGGAAAAGGAAAAGGCAAAUCCAUACCCGGCCGGCCGGACCCAACACUCCGAAUCUACGUAAACUGUUCCAUAGGCGACAGUCUAACAACCACCGAACUCGAAGCCGAAGCCCUCGCCGCAUCCGCCGCUCCACCUCCUCUUUCUCCUUCACCUACAACGACUGCGUAUCCGCCGUUACCGGGAACACCGCAGGUAGCUAGUACUACCACGGCGCCACGCGGUUUCGAUCGCUUGUUAUCCACAGGUUUCACCACGGCCGAAGUAAACCAACUACGCCUCCAAUUCCGCAGCGUGCAUGCUUCGCGCUAUACACCUGAUACCCUGCCCUCGCCUGACUCAUUCCGGCGGAUGGAGGAUGCGUGGAUCGACGAUAAUGGCGCCGCUGCUGCUCCCACAACCGCUACCACGACCGCUACAUUCGGCGGGGGAACGGAUAGCGAUGAAGUCGGGCUCGUAGCUCUAGUCGACGUAAUGAUCCGAGGAGUUCUGACUGGAUUCGUGUGGCCGUUAGGUAGUGCCGGGUGGCUUGUACGCGAGGAGGGUAUGGCGAGUGGACGGUGGCGGUUUAUGGUUGGUGUGGGUGUCGUGUUUAGUUUGUUGAUUGGGAUUAUACGGAGUAUUUCUGGAGAGAAGUGAACCGAAU